AUCUGAGGAGCGCGGGUCUCAGCCCCGGGAAUUGACUGGGCGUUUCCGUUGUCGGCAUUUCGAGACAGGAGCCGUAUACUAAAGAUGAUGUCAGGAAGCUUCUACUUUGUAAUUGUUGGCCACCAUGAUAAUCCAGUUUUUGAAACGGAAUUUUUGCCAGCUGGGAAAACAGAAUCCAAAGAUGAUCAUCGUCAUCUGAAUCAAUUCAUAGCUCAUGCUGCUCUUGACUUUGUGGAUGAAAACAUGUGGCUUUCAAACAACAUGUACCUGAAAACUGUGGACAAGUUCAGUGAGUGGUUUGUGUCAGCAUUUGUCAGUGCAGGCCAUAUGAGAUUUAUUAUGCUUCAUGAUAUAAGGCAAGAAGAUGGAAUAAAGAACUUCUCUACUGAUGUCGAUGAUUUAUAUAUAAAGUUUGCAAUGAAUCCAUUUUAUGAACCCAACUCUCCUAUUCGGUCAAGUGCAUUUGACAGAAAAGUUCAAUUUCUUGGGAAGAAACAUCUUUUAAGCUGAAUGCAGAAAAAUUUCAAAAUAAACAAUGUCAC